AUGGUUAAGUUUUGUGAAACCUGCAAAGAUAAAAAGGCAUUUAUAGUCAGACCAAAGACAGGAAAGUUAAUUUGCUAAGAGUGUUUCUUCACAGCAUUUGAAGAAGAAAUUCAUUAUACAAUUAUUUCCAACAAUCUAUUCAAGAGAGGAGAAAGAAUAGCUGUUGGUGCUAGUGGUGGUAAAGAUAGCACAGUGCUUAUCCAUGUUAUGAACCAUUUAAAUAAAAAGUAUGACUAUGGAUUGGAACUUAUUCUUUUAAGUAUUGAUGAAGGUAUAACAGGAUACAGAGAUGAUUCUUUAGAAACUGUUAAGGAUAACUAAGUCACUUACGGUUUGCAAUUAAAAAUUUUAAGCUAUAAAGAUUUGUAUGGUUGGACUAUGGAUGAAAUAGUUAAAUAAAUAGGUCUUAAUAACAAUUGCACUUUUUGUGGUGUUUUCAGAAGAUAAGCUUUAGACAGAGGUGCCUAAUUAUUGAAUUGUGAUAAGAUUUUAACUGGCCAUAAUGCAGAUGAUAUUGCAGAAACUAUUUUAAUGAACAUUGCAAGAGGUGACUUCUUUAGAUUGGGAAGAUGUGUUUAAAUUACAACUGGAGGAGAUGGAGUUGACGAUGAUGAUCAUAUUCCUAGACUAAAACCAUUUAAAUAUACUUAUGAAAAGGAAAUUGUUUUAUAUGCCUAUCAUAAAAAGCUAGUCUACUUUUCAACUGAAUGUAUUUACUCCCCAAAUGCAUAUAGAGGUCAUGUAAGAGAAUUGAUUAAAGAUAUUGAAAAAGUUAGACCUAGUUCUAUUGUAGAUAUUAUUCACUCUGCUGAAUAGAUCGCUAUAAAUAUUAAUGUUAAGCUUCCAAAGAAGAUGAAAUGUACUUAAUGCGGUUUUGUUUCUUCCAAUUCAAUCUGCAAAGCUUGUGGACUUUUAGAUAAACUUAAUAAAGGUAAACCAAAAGUUGCUCUUAAGGCUGAAUGA